CGUUCCCGUGUGUUCAGCUCACACACAGUCUUCUUUAGCGUACGCUUCUCUCUUUCCAAUUCUUCAACGCCAAAUCUUUGUUUUUUCUUCCCAAUUUCUUUUCUUCUUUCUUUCUCACUCUUAAACACUUUCUCUUUGCUCUAAUUGUUUCACCUUUCACGCUUCAUAUUUCUCAAUCAAAUCAAAUCAAACCAAAUCCACACCCCCCCAUUUUCAUUUUCACACCCCACAAUCUUUCUUGACAUUUUUCUUCAAUUCAUACAUCAAAGUUUGAGUCUUUUUCAUCUUCUUUCACUUUCAGUUACUUUAUAUUCGAACCCCAUUAAAGGGUUACCCUUUUUUUGCAUGUGGGUUUUGGUAAAGUUUGAACCUUUUUUCAUUUUGAAAGCUUCCAAUUUAAUGGGAUUGUAAAUGGGUUCUUUGGAAUCAACGACCCCAUUGAAGAAAGGGAGCUUGUUUGGUAAUCAUUCAAGUAAAAAAGAGAAGCACCCAUUUUCACAGAGGUUCAGAUCGAGCUUCUCUCGUUUGUUAUUCAAGAAACUUGACUACGUUCAAUGGAUUUGUGCUGUUGUUGUGUUUCUUUGUCUUGUUGUUGUGUUUCAAAUGUUUCUUCCUGUUUCGGUUUUGGAAGAUUCGGAAGAGUCUUUGAGAGCUGUGAAGAUGCGUUCUUGGCACUCUUAUACUGAGGAGUAUGUGUUGGACAUUGGUGAGGAUGAAGCUGUUUUUCUUCCCAGGAUUUCAGAGAAGUUUAAGGAUUUGAAUCUGUUGAACAGCACGAGGAAGCGUUUUGGUUACAGAAAGCCUCAGUUGGCACUGGUAUUUGGAGAACUAUUGGUUGAUUCACAACAACUGCUAAUGGUAACAAUUACCACUGCUUUCUUAGAGAUUGGUUAUGGAAUUCAGGUCUUUUCACUUGAAGAUGGACCGGGGCGUAAUAUGUGGAGAAAUUUAAGAGUUCCCAUCACUAUUAUUCAAACUCGUGACAAGCUGGACAACACUGUAGACUGGCUAAACUAUGAUGGUAUAAUUGUUAGCUCUCUUGAGGCCAGAGAUGCCUUUUCUCGUUUUUUGCAGGAACCUUUCAAGUCUGUACCUCUUAUAUGGGUCAUUCAUGACAGUGCUCUUGGUUACCGUUCAAGACAAUAUACUGCUAAAGGACAGAUUGAACUUUUGAAUGAUUGGAGAAGAGCUUUCAAUCAUUCAUCUGUUGUUGUCUUUCCAAACUAUGCCUUGCCGAUGAUCUACUCCACAUUUGAUGCCGGAAAUUUUUAUGUCAUUCCUGGUUCUCCUGCGGAAGCUAUAGAAGCAGAUGCAUUUAUGUCAUCGAAGAAAGAUAACUUGCGCAUCAGUAUGGGCUACGGUCCAGAAGAUGUCAUUAUUGCAAUUGUUGGCAGUCAAUUUUUGUACAAGGGCAUGUGGUUGGGGCACGCCGUUGUUUUGCAGGCUUUGUCACCACUUUUGGAAGAUUUCCCUUUAAGCAAAGAUAAUUCGGGUGCACAGCUUCGGAUCAUUGUUCAUAGUGGAGAGUUAACAAAUAACUACAGCGUGGCUCUUGAGACCAUGGCACGAAGCUUGAAAUAUCCGAGUGGGACCAUAGAACAUAUAGCUGGAGAUUUGAAUGAAAAUUCCGUUCUCAGCACAGCAGAUGUUGUGAUAUAUGGAUCCUUGCUUGAAGAGCAGUCUUUUCCCGAGAUUUUGAUUAAAGCUAUGUGCUUUGAGAAACCGAUUAUUGCUCCUGAUAUUUCUAUGAUCAGAAAAUAUGUUGACGACAGGGUAAAUGGCUAUCUUUUCCCUAAAGAUAAUAUAAGACUUCUUAAACAAAUCAUGUCAGAGGUGAUCUCCAAAGGGAAAAUAUCACCCUUGGCUCGGAACAUCGCCUCAAUAGGGAGACGCACUGCUAAGAACCUUAUGGUUUCAGAAGCAAUUGAUGGAUAUGCAAUUUUACUUCAGAAUAUUCUCAGGCUUCCGUCAGAGGUUGCGCCUCCUAAGGCUGUUUCAGAAAUAUCUCCUAAUGUUAAAGAAAAGUGGCAGUGGCCUUUGUUUGAAGCAGUUCCAAAUUCGACGUAUCGAAAUAGGGUAUUGAGAAGUAACACAUUUUUAAAUAUAUACGAAGACCGAUGGAAUCAUUCUCGAAAAGAUAGAUUGUCUACACCUGUUUCUGAUAGUGAUUCAUUUGUAUAUAUGAUAUGGGAAGAAGAAAAGCAUACUCAGAUGGCUAUUACCAAAAAAAGAUUAGAGGAUGAAGAGUUGAAGGACAGAACAGAGCAGUCACGCGGAACAUGGGAGGAAGUAUAUCGAAAUGCGAAGAAAGCUGAUAGGUUAAAGAAUGAUUUGCAUGAAAGAGACGAUGGAGAGCUUGAGCGGACUGGACAACCGCUAUGCAUUUACGAGCCGUACUUUGGGGAAGGAUCCUGGCCUUUUCUACAUAAAAGAUCUCUUUAUCGUGGGGUUUCUAUGUCCAGCAAAGGUCGAAGGUCAGGGAGAGAUGAUUUUGAUGCACCUUCUCGUCUUCCGUUGCUUAACCAUGCUUACUAUCGAGAUGUACUUGGUGAAUUUGGAUCCUUCUUUGCCAUUGCGAACCGGAUUGACCGUCUACACAAAAAUGCUUGGAUUGGAUUUCAGUCUUGGAGAGCAACAGCUAGGAAGGCUUCUUUGUCUAGAGCUUCCGAAACUGCAUUAUUAGACGCUAUCCAAUCCAAAAAGUAUGGAGAUGCACUAUAUUUCUGGGUACCGAUGGAUACUGAUCCGCGAAACCCUUCACAGAAAAACUUUUGGUCGUUUUGUGACGCUGUUAAUGCCGGAGGUUGCAAACGUGCUUUCUCAGACGCGAUGAGGAGAAUGUAUGGAAUAAAGGAUGAUGCCGAUUCUUUGCCACCCAUGCCCGAAGACAGCGACACUUGGUCUGUCUCGCUGAGUUGGGCUCUACCCACAAGAUCGUUUUUAGAGUUUGUGAUGUUCUCCAGAAUGUUUGUUGAUGCAUUGGAUGCACAGAUGUACGAUGAACAUCAUUCGACCGGACAUUGUUCUUUGAGUUUGUCAAAGGAUAAACAUUGCUAUACAAGGAUUCUCGAGCUUCUUAUAAAUGUAUGGUCAUACCACAGCGCGAGGAGGAUGGUAUUUGUGGACCCCAAAACCGGUGUAAUGCAGGAGCAACACAAGUUCAACAACCGACGAGGCCGAAUGUGGAUAAAUUUUUUCUCAUACAACACACUCAAGAACAUGGAUGAGGACUUAGCAGAGUUAUCAGAUUCUGAAGAUCCUAAUAGACACUGGUUGUGGCCAUCAACUGGUGAAGUGUUUUGGCAAGGUUUAUAUGAGAGGGAGAGAAGUUUAAGGCACAAGGAGAAAGAAAAAAGGAAGCAAAAGAGUUUAGAGAAAUUAAAUCGAAUGCGGAGGCGACAUCGGCAACAAGUCAUCGGGAAAUAUGUUAAGCCUCCACCAGAUUUUGAAGAAAGCUCAAACUCAUCUUUGCUUGCUGCAUAAACAUCUUGAUUAUUAUGAAUUCUAAGCAGAAGAACAUGGUUUUAAAUUGCGCAUUGCAACCGCAAUUUAAGCUGCAUUUUCCUGUAUUUUUCCACUAUAUAAAGGUUCGCAACGUAAGUGCGAAGUUCCUGAUAUUAUAAAUUCUUUUCUUCUUUUGUAAUUUUUAUGCCCUUUUUUGUUUCUUAACAUAAAUGUGAUUUUCAUUCAGAAAGGAGGGUGAUAAAUAGCUAAUGUAAUAUUAGUCUCUUUUUGUUAGAACUUUUUUUCCCCUGUAAUUCUAUUCUUUUGGGAUGGUAGGUUCUUUGAUUAGGAAAGGUGUGUUGGGUUGUAAUAUUGAUACCACUUGUCAAACUUAAUGAAGUUUAUGUACUGCAAUGUAUUCCUAUUUAUUUAGCAAUCUAAUAUCAUGUUUUAA